AUGUUCAGCCCGUCAUAUUAUCGCGCCGAAAGCUUCGAUACCUCCUCGAGUGCAUCCGACUUGGACCGUUUCUUUGACGAAAGACGUUGCCAUCAAGAGGUUAAUGUUGGUCUCGCGUGUAAUGCAAACGAGCACCAUUGCCACUGCGGCGCACCUGGCGGCGACUAUCAGAUAUGCCUUAAAAAGGGAUGCAAGACUAUGUGCGGCGACUGCGGCGCCGUGCGGUCCGCCAAAAAAAGCUCCUUCUGUAUGAAUUGUCACCUUGCAAAGACGAAGGAAACCCGCGAUGAGAAGAAGGCCCAGAAGCAGGAGGAAAAGGCUAGCAGGAAGCGGAAGGCGGGAAACGAUAGUGGAGGGGAGCAAGCCAACAGUCGCAAGGCGCGCAAGCCCAAGCAUACUGCUCAACAGAAAGAAAUCCGCCAACAGGUCCAGGCCGCGGCGCACGACGCCAACCAGGUCCAUCAGGGCGGCAUCGUCAAGAUGGCGAAGGUGAGGACGAUCCCGACCAUGUAUGGCUCGACCGGAAAACCGUGUUCUUCUCACUUUAUCGAGAAGUUUGAUCGGUUCAUACGCUCCAUUGACCCUGACGCGGUCUUCGCCCGUGACUGGAUGGACACGGACGGUGCCUACGAUGAGGACGUGGAGAUGGCUGACGAGGACGUCAUUGAGGAUGAUGACGAGGAUGAUGGCAUGCGCGAUGGGCAUCCGUGGAAGGACGACAACCAGUUCAUGGAGGACGCGGCGGCGGGCCGCAGACUCCGUCACAUUGACAACUUAAUUGGCAUGGUUGUCCGUCGUCGUUGUCGAUACUGA